AGUUAGUUGGAGAGGCGCGGAAGGUGCGGUUUGUGAGGAUUUGCUUCAGACGUUGAGGAGAAGAUGCUGGUCCAGGCGAGUCUCCCGGUGAAUUCGUGCCUGUUGGUGGUGUCCGUGAUCUUCCUCGUGCAGUACGUAGCCCAGGUGAAGGACGUCUUCCCCUGGAACCGCCCCUCCUGCGUGCGAGAGUGCCUCCCGCGGUACUUCGACGGCCCCAUCAAGUCGCGCGACCCCGACACCUUCGCCGUGAUCAGGGACGAGUACCUGGUUCCUCCGCCGACGAACCCGGACCGAAGUCCCGUGGACAUCAACGAGCCCGUGUGGAGGAAGCUGCUGGACUGGUCCACCGUGCAGGAGAACCUCAACAGUGUGUGGAAGGAUCAGCCUCCUGGCACCUUCGUGGAGGUGGGCGUGGUCGACGGAGAUUUCAUGAGCCAGACGCUGUUCCUGGAGAAGAACCUGAGCUGGUCGGGCCUCCUGAUCGAGCCCGACCCGAGGUCCUUCAAGAUCCUGCAGCAGAGGCGCCGCAAUGCGUGGACGUCCCCGAUGUGUGUGAACUACGGCGCUCCUACGCAGAAGAAGUACUGGCUGCGCGACCUGGAGAUGGACCUUCCCGCCCACUUCGUCCAGCUGCUGAUGGCGAGGAGCAAGUUGAACCAGGACACUCUCACGGGGGACGAGGAGCGUGGGAGCACCAUCUGGGUGCCGUGCGCGCCGCUGUCUGCCAUCCUCAUGGCCGCCAACAUGACCAGGAUCGACAUGCUGACCAUCUCGACGGGCGCGGAAAACGACGAGGAAAGGAUCAAGGACGUCCUCUUGUCCAAGGCGUUUGAUGUGAAGACGGUCCUCAUCCACUACCCGACGGGACGCCUGUUCGUCCAGCCAUACCCCAGAAUACCCGGCUACAUCCUCGACAAAGAGCGAUCCACCAUCCAGGUCAAGUUGUACCUCAAGAAGUCCCACUGCAAGGUCAUGAAGACGGGGAAGGAGCUCUGCAUCAAGUCCCACUACUACGACGUGGAGGACUCUUGCACGGAGUACCUCUGCUUCGGGUUCCUCUCGGUGUGGACUUAG